AACAAGCAAGCAAAAAUUUGUCGAUGAGUUUAAAAAGCGAAUCGUAAAGAGCCUGGAAUGUUAAGGUCUCAGCUGACGUGGAGUUUAUUUUUAUCCACUUUUGUUUUUGGUGCUGAUCGAAUGGCAAACUCUCAGAUGAUGACAUCGAAAUUUCCGGCGAUUUACGUGACCCAAAUGCUAUGGGAAAACGUCGAUAAUUGGGGCGGAAAUGGCCAAGACCAAAAUCCCAUUAAACCGGUCACACGAGACCGAAUGAGGGGCCAACAAAUUUUGCAAAACCUCCCACCGCUAGCUCGACGCUUCCUCUUCAAUCCAACCUUCCAAAACACCGUGACGAAUCACAAUCAAAAUAACAAUUUUCAGGACGCCCCAGCACCGGAAAACAGUCACCGGAGAUUAUCGCGUGGACGAGUGAACCCUCGGACAGGUGCCAUGGAGUUUGAUUUUCGGGUUUCGAAACCCCGGAAAAUUUGUUUUACCAUCGAAUGAGAACGGAGAACGAUGAAAAAUUGAAAAUUCGUGAGAAAAUUUCGAAAAUGAAAGCAAAUAAAGAAAAC